GAAGAGCUACAAAUUAUAACAAUGGAAAAUACAGUACACAGAAACAGGAGGGGAGGAGCGUAGGGUAAGGACAUGAACCACAUUUCGCUUUAUCUGAUUGGACGGUCUUGACGAAAAGGGCGGUUCUUCUACAGAUUCAAUGGGAAGUGAAAGCCUCAAUGUCAACGAAGCUUGUAUCAGCUGUUUCACACUGUUCUCAACAUCCACUGAUAAAAACAUCGCGACGGAGAGAGAUAGUCGUCUGCCACCAAACCAUAUGAAGAUUGAAGCUUUUUGCAGAUAGGAACUCAAGGGCAGCGUCAACGUUUUCAGGUAGCGAGUUUAAGGAAAUAUGAACUCCCUAACAGGCAGGAGUGUGUCGCUUGGCAGACGCAUGACAGCGGGCGCUAUGAGGGUCCUCGCGGGCGCAACGGGCCACCCUGACACCGUGGCCCGUGCGACCUGCCUCGAGGCAGUCAGAGUGUGUCACUCUGGCUCGAGCCGAAAGGGCAGCGUCAACACCAAGAAGCGCGGCUAUGACAUCACCAGAAACCCCCACCUGAACAAGGGCAUGGCCUUCACCCUGCAGGAGCGCCUGCAGCUGGGCAUCCACGGCCUGCUGCCCCCCGUCUACCUCUCCCAGGACGUCCAGGUGCUCCGCAUCAUGAAGAGCUACGAGGGCCGCAACCCCCUUGACAAGUACAUCUUGCUGAUGACUCUGCAGGACAGGAAUGAGAAGUUAUUUUACCGCCUGCUGACGUCUGAUGUAGAGGAGUUCAUGCCCAUCGUCUAUACCCCCACUGUAGGGCUGGCCUGCCAACAGUAUGGACUGGCCUUCAGGAGACCACGAGGUCUCUUCAUCACCAUCCAUGAUAAAGGCCACAUUGCCACCAUGCUCAACUCCUGGCCUGAGGAGAACAUCAAGGCCAUUGUGGUGACGGACGGAGAGCGUAUCCUGGGUCUGGGCGACCUGGGCAGCUACGGCAUGGGCAUCCCCGUGGGUAAACUGGCCCUGUACACGGCCUGCGGAGGAGUGCCACCCCAGCAGUGUCUGCCAGUUCUGCUGGACGUAGGCACCGACAACCAGGCACUCCUGGAAGACCCCCUGUACAUCGGCCUGAAGCACAAGAGGAUCAGAGGAAAGGAGUACGAUGACCUCAUCGAUGAGUUCAUGCAGGCAGUUACUGACAAGUACGGAAUGAACUGUCUGAUCCAGUUUGAGGACUUUGCCAACUCCAACGCCUUCCGCCUCCUCAACAAAUACCGCAACCACUACUGCACCUUCAACGACGACAUCCAAGGCACAGCCUCAGUAGCAGUAGCUGGGGUCUUGGCUGCUCUGAAGAUGACCAAGAACAAACUGUCAGACCACACCUUUGUGUUCCAGGGGGCAGGGGAGGCUGCACUGGGCAUCGCCCACCUGCUAAUCAUGGCCAUGGCGAAGGAGGGCGUGUCAGCCACGGAAGCCGCAAAGAAGAUCUGGAUGGUCGACUCCAGGGGCCUCAUCGUCAAGGGCAGAGGAAACCUGAACCAUGAGAAGGAGGAGUUUGCCCACGACCACGCCCAUAUCAAGACCCUGGAGGAGGUGGUGCACACCGUCAAGCCCACUGCCAUCAUCGGAGUGGCGGCCAUCGGAGGGGCUUUUACUGAGAAUAUCAUCAAGGACAUGGCGUCCUUCAACGAGAGGCCCAUCAUCUUCGCCCUGAGCAACCCCACCAGCAAGGCAGAGUGCACCGCCGAGCAGUGCUACCAACUAACCGAGGGGCGGGGCAUCUUUGCGAGUGGCAGCCCCUUUAAUAAGGUGACCCUGGCUGACGGGCGCUCCUUCAUCCCCGGCCAGGGGAACAACGCCUACGUGUUCCCUGGCGUGGCGUUGGGGGUCAUCGCCUGCGGGGUGCGCCAAAUCUCUGACGACAUCUUCCUCACCACAGCCGAGGCGAUAGCUGACAUGGUAACAGAGGAGCACCUGGCUGAGGGAAGACUCUACCCUCCACUCAACAGCAUCAGAGAGGUGUCCUUUAAGAUCGCUGUCAAGGUGGUGGACUAUGCGUACAGACACAACAUCGCCUCCCUGUACCCGGAGCCCAAGGACAAGGAGGCGUUUGUGCUCUCCCAUGUCUACAGCCCCAACUACGACUCCUUCGUCCAGGACACCUACAACUGGCCCCAGGACGCCAUGAAAGUCCAGGACGUGUGAACUCCAUCUCCUAUCAGCCAUCUCUCUUUCUAUCCCCAACGUUCAAUCCCUCUCAGUACAGCACAAGGGAGCUACACAUAUCAGACAUGUGCAGCUGCCCUCCUCUCCAGAUUUCGCAUUAUUUCAACAAUCAUCACUCAACGGUUGCGUUCCCCUGCUCAGACGUUGCAUGCAUCAACCAAUGGUUGCGUUCCACGUCAUCAACUGUGCCUUUGGGCACCAGAUUGCUAUAACAUGUGGUUAACUCAUACAUAAAAUACCUAUCCAGCCGUUGUAAGAUCUGGCAUGUGUCAGCAACGCCUGGGCAGAGGAACGCGCCCAAUGCCUUCUGCAGUUAGGUCAUCAAGACGAGACGCCUUUAGACACUCCCCAGUGCCCAACGAAAUGUAAUACAUAGGAUGUACAUCUGUAGAUGACAAAUGGUUAGCCAGCAAAAAUAUUAUUUUUAAGGGGUAUUUUUGAAGGCUCAGUCAUUUGAUGUCUCCCUUGACUUUUGUAAUUGCUUUGUUUACCAUAUAUAUCUACAACAGUGUAUCCAUACAAUCGAAUUGCCAGGUUAGUGCCACAACGUUUCAUGUAUAACUUGAGGGAACCCUAUCUGUUCUAUACAUUCUAUUUCUAUGUUUCUAUAUUCCAUUACCUUGGAAUAAUUUAUCUGUGAUUGAUACAGAAUCUGGAGACAGACUGUAGACAGCACUAUGUUAUCCUAUCACCAAACCCCUAAUAACACACUCCGUUGAGCAUGUGUGGACUAGCUUUAAUAACUAAUAGGCUAACAUUGGGAAGAAAUUGCAUAUUACGAAAGGUCUCUGUCAUCUAUUGUAGGGUGUAUCUCAAUAGUCUUACCUCGCUUCCUUCGCUUGGAAAAGUGGACAGGUGAAUCCCAUUAGUCAUGCACCAUAUCACCUUUACCUGUCCAUUUUUUUUAAAUUAGUCUAGAUAAAAGAGAGGAGACAAGAAUAGGAGGAGACCCCCAGUUUUAGACUAUUAAGAUGGACCUCUUGUCCGGACAUAAACACACAAACCCUCAUAGUGCCUGCUUCUGUUUGACCUCCUGACCUCACAAUGUAAUAUCCUGCAGAUUAUAGUCUUUAGUUGGAGGAUUCUAUCAGAUAGUAGCAAAGAAUUAUAUGUACAAGCCAGUUCACACGGCAGUACCUGCUGUAUCAUUGAUUUUAAAGCAUAACUCCAAUAUAUAAUUAAUUGACAACUUCUUGCUCCCUGUUAUCACUUCAUACUUUAGGCUACACUCCUGCCAAAGCCUGGGUUAGAAGAAGGCCAGAUAGUCAACCUAUAGAAUUUAGGAUCUAAAAUAGAACACUCCCUGUUCAUCUUGUAUUUUUCCUCUAGACUUUGUCACAGAUUCUCUGUUGAUGCGUGUCAGAGUUUUAAUGAGAUGCCUAGCUACAUGUUUUUAUCACUACCAGCAGGAACUGACUUUUACACUCUUAUCCAGAGCAACUUACAGUAGUGAGUGCAUACAUUUCAUACUUUUUUAUUUAUUUCUCCGUACUCGUCCCCUGUGGGAAUUGAACCCACAACCCUGGCAUUGCGAGCGCCAUGCUCUACCAACUGAGCCACAAGGGACUUCAGGUUUGUGAGGUGCCCAAUGUUUGUGUACAGAGGAAGCUUUAACAAGCACUAAUGUACCGCUAGCCCAUUCAUAGACGCUAACUACCUUUAGUGUCUAUUCAUGAAGGUAACUUCUGGCUGGGGGAGUUUUGUUAAGAGCCCCGACGCUUGUUCUGAACGUUAACACGCAUCGCUUAUGGUAUGAUUUUGGGAACAUAAGGAAAGUAGCUUUCAUAUCAGCAAUUAUUUUUCUGAAAACCAAACUUUAAAUUGCUACACACCUUUUCUUGGGUUAGUGUUCCCACAGGGCCAUAUCUCCAUGUUACAGCGCUUGUUUACAGAAGACCGAGGUGACCACCUGUGCUUAUUAGCAAUCUAUCAUGCUCGAACACCUGUGUAAGCAUAACUGAAGAGGAAGUGUAGCGGAAGUGUAGUUUGUCGGCUGGAGGCAUACAGCUGUAUGGAUGUCUGCAAACCUGCUACAGUAAGUUAAUCUUUUUUAUUUGAAAGAUUAUUUCUCGCUGAUAUGAAAGAUAAGUUCCAUAUGUUUCAAAAACCGUAUCACAACGAUGAUUAUUGACGUUUCUAAACGUUAAAACAGAGCAUUGAUUAUAGUUCACAUGGUCUCACCGGUAAGCAGUGCUUAUAGCUGAGAACCCUUGGGAGAAGGCAGAAUGCCUUGUUAAUGCCUUGGGUUCUCGAGAGCAAGUGUAGCGCCAUAAUGAUUACAUAUGUGAUUGACCCUUUGGGUAUGCUUUUUUAAAUAAUGGAGGGGGUUGCAUCUUUUUUUUGUGUUGUUUUUUUGUAUAAAGUGUUGCCUGUUUCGGUUUAGGUGUUUUUGCCAAAGGUAAUGACAGACAUGGUAAAUCUUAUCUUUCCUUUUUCUCCAGAGAAUAUUAUGCUCUGCUUAGGUGUGAUGCACCACAGAAGGAAUUCUAUUUUGGGUUUUCAAGGAAGAAUGUAUGUUUUUGAAGGGAAUAAAAAAGACUAAGUGAA